AUGCACGUUUCAGCUCUUGAACAUCAAGCUGAUCCGACCCUCUAUCCGAAUCAGGUGUUCCCGCCGCCACCACAUUCUUUAAUGGACUCAGGCGGUGGUCAACGCUUUCCAGUGGAGCGUGUUUUGAACCACCGCGAUGUGAAUGGCGUCCGGAAGAGUUACCUCGUCUGCUGGAGUGGCUAUCCACCGGCGUGGGACAGCUGGGAGCCUCGUGCCCAUCUAAUUGUUGAUGUCCUUAGUCUCGUUGAGCAGUACGACGAGACCCUCCCGAUGCGUUUGAAGAAGGGCCGUCGGAAAAUGGCAUCCCCAAGCGCGAGUACCGGGAUUGCAAAGUGUCAAUCUCUUCGGCCAUCUUAG